UUGAAAACUUUAAGGGUAGUACGUGACAUUCUCCCAAACUAUGGCUACAAAACAAGAUGUGACACUAAAACCCUAGCCUCCUUGGAAAAGCAUUGCUGGUAAACAGUUGAGGCGAUCAGCCGCAGCAGUAACAACAACAACCAGCAAUGGGCAUCGAUUUAGUUGCCGGUGGUAAGAGCAAGAAGUCCAAGAGAACGGCCCCUAAAUCUGACGAUGUAUACCUCAAGCUCCUCGUCAAGCUGUAUCGGUUUCUUGUGAGAAGGACUGAUAGCAAGUUCAAUGCGGUGAUACUGAAGAGGCUCUUCAUGAGCAAGGUCAACAAACCACCAUUGUCCCUCUCACGUUUGAUUCCAUUCAUGAGGGGAAAGGAGGAUAAGAUUGCAGUGGUUGUUGGGACAGUCACUGAUGAUAUUCGUGUGUAUGAAGUUCCUGCUCUAAAAGUUACUGCACUGAGGUUCACAGAGACAGCAAGGGCAAGGAUUGAGAAAGCGGGUGGAGAAUGCUUGACAUUUGACCAGCUGGCACUUCGAGCUCCCCUUGGGCAGAAUACAGUUCUCCUGAGAGGGCCAAAGAAUUCACGUGAGGCUGUGAAGCACUUCGGACCAGCUCCGGGUGUGCCACACAGCCACACAAAACCAUAUGUGCGAUCCAAGGGAAGGAAAUUUGAGAGAGCUAGAGGAAGGAGAAACAGCAGAGGCUUCAGGGUUUGAGUUGCACAACUCUUACAGAAAUGAUACAGACCAGCUUACCAAAUCAUGCAAAUCUUGUACUUUCUUUUUUGACCUUAUUUUUUUUUUUCACUUAUGAGGAACAAAAUAAUUAUCUUAUAUUAGCCUGUUUAAAUUUGAAUC